AUGGUUGUGUACGUUACUGUACCAAAGAUAAUGCUUGGUCACAAGCUGUCCCUGUUCCCAUAUCUACAGGACGUGCGGAAGUUGUGUCCACAUUUUUCGGUGGAGAUAAAAGUAUGGGCAACGCUGUGCAGUUUCGGAUCCAAUCAUUACCUAUCAGUUCCUCAAAGUGAAUUCGGAAGCAAACUUUCAUCACUGGCUGUCAAUCAGAUGGUAGAUGGUCUGUUCGCCAACUUA